CUUCUUCAAAUAAACCACUGCCCGCCACCGCACCUCCAACGCACUUCGCCACCGCCCGCAUAGCCACCGCGCAUCGCCACCACCCGCACAGCCACCGCGCUUAGCCACAGCCCGCACAGCCACCGCGCUUAGCCACAGCCCGCACAGCCACCGCGCUUCGCCACCGCCCGCCCAGCCGGCUUCGUCCCCGCCCACUGCCACCGCCCGCUCGCCCAGCCACCGCCUGCCCGGCCAGCCACCGCCUGAUCGGCCAGCCGCCGCCCAGCCACCGCACACCGCGACACCGCCGGCCAACCCUCCGCCGAAGAGGAGAGGAGAAGACAUUUAGGCUGGCAGUGUGGACUCCAGGGAGGUCAGAUUGUGACUGAGGAGGAAACAGAGCAGCAACAGGAACACACAGCAGCACAACAAUGAUACCAAAAGUGGUUGAGCUGGUUUUGUUUUCUUGUGAUCAUUAAUGUUGGAGAGAAUAGUUGUAUAUAAUGCUCAACUGUGAUGUGUUUUGAUUUUGGGAAGGGGGGCUAUUGCAUACAGGGGUUCUUUUUGCAUACAUCCUUAGUCUCCCUAACCCAUUUAUUGAUCUUAUGAGUGUCUCACAUGUUUUGGUAUAGCAUACACAUUGAGGUGGGAGUACUCUUGAGUAGAUGAUAAUGAAAUAUGCUGAAUUGAUGUUGUGAGGCUGGAUGGUGGAUGAAAAGUUGAAAAUGAAGAAAAAUUGAAAAGAAAAAAAGGGAUUGGAAUGGGACUUGUUUGGUGUAUGGAGAGCCAUUGCUUAGCAUUUGAGUUGCAAGGCCUACCCCGGUAAAAACACAGAUAUAUGUGCGGGGAUGGUUGACUUGAGUGUUAAGGGUGGUUGGGAGGGAGCCAUUGCUUGGUCUCACUGGUCUUAAGCCUCCGGUGGCAAAAUGCGGAGCUCCGUACACUUGGAGGUGAUUGGUGGGAUCAAGGGUGGGGUUGGUGAGAUCUAUUGCUUGGCAUGAGUUUCAUAAAGGUUCUUGGGGGGAAAAUACAGAGCUUUGUACCCCGGGGAUUGAGACUUGUGUCAAGGGUAGAGGGUUGUUGGUUAUAGCUAUUCGGGUAUCGGUCCCACCCUCUUGUGUGGGACUAAAAACAUGAUGAUUGAUAGUUUUGAGUUUGAUAGAUGAUUAGGGAGAAUAGGAUUUAUGCAUUUAGAACUCUUUGUGGUUGUACAGAACUAUGUUUUGGUGUAUAUACAUGCGCAGUUUUUUUUUUUUUUUGUUAUGAUAAAAUAGAAGAGGAGAGGAGAAGACAUUUAGGCUCGCACAGCCGCCUCCUCGCCAUUCGCUGCAGUAGCCGCGGGUCUCCAGCCGCCUCGCCGCAAGGUUUCCGGUCUCCCGUCGUCGCCGCAAGGGUUCCGGUCUCCAGUUGUCGCCGCUCGCCGCUGCCACCGAUCAUAAAAAAUGAAGACCUUGAAGAGUUGAAGGAAAUUGGGUUAUGGAACAUUUGGCACUGUCUAUCAUGGCAAAUGGAGAGGAAUAGAUGUUGCCAUCAAGAGAAUAAAGAAAAGCUGCUUCACUGGCCGAUCAUCAGAGCAAGAGAGGCUGGUUCAGGUCUGAAUACUUUGGUGAAAAUGAAAGAAUUGCAGUGCACUCGAGCUCUUUCUUGUGAAGAGGAAAAUCAAGAGUCCUUCCUGGUUAUCAAUUUUUUCCUAGCUGUCCAACCCCUCAACGUGUGAGGCCUCAAAGACAAUAUUCCAGAGAUUCUUCCAGUGGUUGUUGCAGCAAUAAAUGUGAAGAACAAUUGUAUUCUGCAUCUGCAUCUGUUAUCUGUUGUCACAAGGCCAAGGUUGGGGAUGCUUUCUCAUUUUACUGCUGUGCGGAAGCUUGAGCGAAGCAUAUUUCCAAUGGGAUUUACCAAGGAAGCAACAGAUAGAAAUACAACAGCUGGAACUAAUAUUAUUAGUUUUGAAAGCAGGCAAGUUCAGCUUACAGAUAGAAUUAUUUUCAAUUGACAAGCUUUUAUAUCUUUGCUUACAUAUUCUUUCGAUCUAGUCUUUCCUGCUGUUGUAAUUUAAGUUCUUGAUUAUGGAUUCUCUUUGAAAUACCAGUGAAAGAGCUUUGUUGAA